AUGCGACGCCCCCCUCAGGACCUCGCAUUUCCCCUGCGAAUAGGAUUGAAGCAGCGCAACCUUGAAGAUCUUCCUGGUCAUCUUUUGGCAGUCUCCGAUCCUAGCUCUCCUACCUAUGGUCGUCACUGGCCCCCAGAGCGAGUGGUAGAAGCAUUUUCGCCCUCGUCACACGCAGUAAACUCCGUCAAGAGGUGGCUUGUCGAUUCGGGGAUCCAGGAAAGUAGAAUUCGAUUGCGGACGAACAAGGCCUGGCUGGACGUACAUAAUGCUACGGUCCGCGAAGUUGAGAAGCUGCUGCGCGCAGAAUAUCAAGUACUCAAACGCGAGAACGGGGAAGAAACCAUCGGCUGUCAUUCCUACCAACUUCCCGUGGAUGUGGGCGAACACGUCGACUUCAUUAUCCCAACGGUGCAACAUAGUCUCACAGUCUCCGAUGCUCCACUUCAGCGCCGCGAUGAUAGUCGCUACAAGUCCAACAUUCGGAGACAGCCUCAAGGCAGCGCAGACUUCAGGCGAUGUCAUGAGGCGAUGACCCCGGAUUGCCUGCGCGCCCUAUACAACAUCACAUACAGACCCAAGACGCCAGCAGCGAACAACAGCUUUGCUGUCGUCAACUUCCAUCCAAACACAUAUCUCCAGUCCGAUUUGGAUUUGUUCUUCGAGAAUUUCUCUCCGUCCCUUGUCGGAUCAUCACCUACAUUUGUUUCUAUUGACGGAGGAACACUGAACGCCACAGCGGAGACAGGCAAAGUGACUUUCCUUAAAGUCGGUGAUCAGACAUUUAGUGGCCCAUUUGGCGCAGUCUCGUUCAAUGAAUGGCUUGAUGCUGUUGACGGAUCAUACUGCACUUCCGACGGAGGAGAUGAUCUAAACUUCGAUCCCCAAUUUCCUGACCCCAUUCCUAUUCCCGGAGCGUUCAACGACCACUCCUGUGGCAACAUUCGUCCACCUAACGUUAUCUCUGUCUCACGGGGCGACGAAGAGGGCCGAUUAACAGAACUCUAUUCUAGAAGACAGUGUAAUGAAUACGCCAAACUGGGUCUGAUGGGCGUCACCGUUAUAUAUGGCUCUGGGAAUACAGGUACAGCGGGUGCUACUCGUGGGUAUUGUAUGGACGAGAACGGUACCGUCUCGCCCAACGGAACGCUGUUCAACCCCGCAUGGCCAGGAUCUUGCCCAUGGAUUACCAGCGUCGGUGGAACUCAACUACGGGCUAACAGCACUGUCUUCGAUCAAAAUCCAGAAGAGGUAACGAGCAUGGAUCUCACUAUGGGAUUCUUUACCUCUGCUGGGGGAGGCUUCAGCAGGCGCUUUCCGACACCCGCGUAUCAGAACAGAGCUGUUCAAGGAUACUUGAAACAAUUGACACGCACUGAUCCGGGCAAAUUCAAAGUCUUCAACUCUCACGGUAGGGGGUAUCCAGACAUCAGUGUGAUAUCCAACCGCUAUGUCUCUGCUGAGAGUGGCGCUCUCGUCAACUCAAGUGGAGUCUCAGGGUCAUCGCCUGUGUUGGGAGCAAUGAUAUCGCUCAUUAACGAUGCGCGCCUUUCAAAAGGAAAGGGCCCAGUUGGCUUCAUCAACCCCGCCCUUUAUUCUUCGGGAUUCACACCCGCUUUCCGCGAUAUAGUCGUUGGAACCAAUACAGGCUGCAAAGGAUUACAGGGCGAGUGGUUCGGCGGGUUCGCAGCAAUGCCUGGUUGGGAUCCGGCAUCUGGCCUUGGGACCCCCAAUUUUGACUCCCUGUUGAAGAAGUGGCUUGAGCUACCAUGA